AUGCCUGCUCUAAUAGCAUUUGGAAGAAGAUGGAAUAUUGCUUCGGAUGACUUUGUUUUUCCAGGUUUUCUGGAAAGCUUUAUUAGAUUUUUUUGGUUUCUAAUAAUGUUGAUAUUACAGAGUUUAUAUAAUUUUAAGUUAUGUGAAGGAGAACGUUAUUUUAAAGCAUUUGCAUUUCUUCUUAUUCUUAAUUUUUUUACCAUAUUAGUAUGUAUAUUAUUAGUAAUUGAAGCAGGAAAAGGAACUAUUUUAGAAGUUGAAAAAAGAAAAAAUGUUUCAAAAUUAUUAUAUAUAAAAAUGGUUCUUUUUAUUUCAGAGGGAAUUUGUACAGGUGUUGCAAGUGUAUUUCUUUUUAUAGAUAGAAGAAAUGGUUCCUGUAAUGCUAAAAUAAUAAUACUAGUUGCAUUAAUAUUAGAAGCAAUUCUAUUAUUUGUCUUUGCAGUUGGUGUAUUAUUAGUUUUUAGUAAACAUGGUAAUAAAAAUUUAGACUACUAUGCCACAGAAAAUAAAAAAACUUUAAGGCAAAUAUUAAAAUAUUUGCGAUUAGCUAGUGAUCAUGAAAUAAAUAAUGCAUUAGAUGAAGUUGCUGAUAUUUUAACAGCCUUCUUCUUAGAUAAUGAUUUUGUCAUUUCUGAUAUUCUUGCUGGUCUUGUUUUAUUUUUAAAUAAUUCUGAUACAAAAGAAUCAUCAUAUGAAAUUAUUGAAAAUAAUGAAGUUCCAGAAUGGAUGGAAAUAAUUCAUAUUAAUAGAACAAAUAGAUUUACUAAAUUUGCAUUAGCUGUAUAUGGAUGGACUACAUUUAUUGCUCUUAAUUCAAAUAAAAAAUUAAUUUGGCAAUUUAUUAAAAAAGUUAAUUGUUGCCCAAAAAAAGAAAAUGAUUUUGAAAAUGAAGAGGAGGAAGAAAAUAAAUCAUUAUUAAAUGUAAAAGCAUUUAUGACAUUAACUGGUAUUAGAAGAGAAGAUUUAUUAUUUGUUAGUUUUGAAAAUAUGGUAUUUCAAAUUCCUUUUAUUGUAUGCCUAGAUCAUCAAACAAAUUCUAUUGUAAUUGCUAUUCGUGGUUCAGCAUCAAUACAUGACUUUGUAACAGAUCUCUCUUUACAUGAAGAUGUCAUUAUGUUAGAUGUUGAUUCUGAUAAAACAAUUGAAGGUGAUGAAAUGAAAGUAAAAGCACAUAAAGGAAUGUUGUUAGUUGCAAAAAAUAUUUUAACAAAGUUAGAUAACUCUCAGAUUCUCGAUAAAACAUUUUUUGAUUAUCCAUCAUAUGAUCUUGUCAUUACGGGUCAUAGUUUAGGAGGAGGCGUUGGAGCAUUAUUAACAUUAUUAUUAAAACAAAAAUAUUCUAGAAAUAUUAAAUGUUAUUCUAUUUCACCACCAGGAUGUGUUUUAGAUAAUGAAGGAAGAAAAUAUUUAAAAGAUUCUGUUUUAUCAAUAAUUGUUGGUGAAGAUAUUGUUCCAAGAAUGUCUUAUCACAGUUUAUUUAAAUUAAAAUGUGCUAUUGAGGAGGAAUUAUAUAGAACAAGAAUGAAAAAAUAUGAAAUAUUAACUAAAGGAAUAUUUAAGUUAUUUGUUAAAAAAGAAAGAAUUGAUAUAAAUGGUCUUAAUUAUGAAAGAAGAAAUAAUAUUCCAUUUUAUAAUGAUAAUAUUGAAGAAGGUUCUAUACCAAGUGAUGAUUUUAUUGAAGAACCAAUAACAGAGACACGAAUAAAUAUGCGUCAUACGACAUAUCAGGCAGAUCGAACAAAAUUACUACCUCCUGGUCAAUUAUUUCAUAUUCAGUUUGAUAAAGAAACAGCUCAUUGGCGUUGGAUUACACCAGAAUGUUUGUCUGAAAUUCACUUAAAUGCUCGGGUCGCUUUGGAUCAUUUUCCAUAUGCAGUUGUCAAUGCUUUACAACAAAUAAUGGAACAAUCUCAAUCUUCUACUUUUCCCAGUGAAAGUUCAACUAGUCAAAAUUUAAUAUAA